GACGUCACUGUAGUUGUGUCGAGAAGAAGAGAAAAGCACAGACGAAAGAUUUACCCCUUAAUAACACAGUUUCGAUAUAUUUGCAUGACCAAAUUCUACGUUCUUACGUUUUGAAUCAUGUCUACUCCCGCUAGAAGACGACUUAUGAGAGAUUUCAAAAGACUUCAAGAAGACCCCCCAACUGGCGUGAGUGGUGCUCCAUCAGAGAAUAACAUCAUGAUGUGGAAUGCUGUUAUUUUUGGGCCUGUGGGUACACCAUUUGAGGAUGGAACGUUUAAACUUGUGAUAGAAUUUUCAGAAGAGUACCCUAACAAGCCACCCACGGUUCGAUUUAUCUCCAAAAUGUUUCACCCAAAUGUCUAUGCAGAUGGAAGUAUAUGUUUAGACAUCCUUCAGAAUCGUUGGAGCCCCACGUAUGAUGUGUCGUCCAUUUUGACGUCUAUCCAGUCCCUGUUGGAUGAGCCGAAUCCUAACAGUCCAGCCAACAGCCAGGCUGCACAGCUCUAUCAAGAAAACAAGCGGGAGUACGAGAAGAGAGUUUCUGCCAUCGUGGAGCAGAGCUGGGUCGACUCCUAACACAUCUCCCCCA